GAUAAGAAGUAAGAACCUGCUGUGAUUAGUAGAAAAACAGCACGCUGUAAAGUGAAGAAGUGAAAAGUGAAUAAUUUCCUAUCCGUGUGCAGUGGAACUGAACUCUGAAAUUAGUUCCGGUGAAUAAAUUCUUUUGAGCUUAACUAUUGUGUUUCAGUCAUGUCAAAUCCCUGUGUUAUACCAACGAUGGUUCAAGACACCCUUGGCGACGGCAGGUGGAUGAGCCAGCACAAACGAAAUUUAGCGGAAGGUCUAGAACGCGAACCUGAAGUUGUCCUAAUUGGAGAUUCUAUCAUCCACUGUUUGAUGCUCCGGUCAAUUUGGCAUGAUUUGUUUGAACCUUUGCACUGCCUGAAUUUUGGGAUCGAAUUUGAUGAGACUCAGCAUGUUUUAUGGCGAAUAAAUGAUGGUAUUCUUGAUCAUGUGAAACCUAAGGUGGUUGUUGUUCAUGUCGGCACUUACAACACAUCAAACACCCCAGAUCAAAUAUCAGCAGGAAUCUUAGAGAUUGCAAAUGCUAUCAGAUCGAAGCUUCCAGAAACCAACAUAGUUAUAUGUAGCAUCUUGCCGAGAGGUCAACAUGACAACCCACUUAGAAAACUUUACGCAGAAACGAACAAAGAAAUUUGUUCGAAAGUUGCAAAUUUCCCGAAACUGGAAUACAUUGAUAUUAGCAAGGAACUAGUCCAACCGGAUGGUACAAUCAGCCACCAUGAUAUGUUAGAUUACCUGAGACCAACUAAUGCUGGUUACCACAAGUGUUUUGAACCAGUUCAUGAGCUUCUUAUUCAGUUACUCAGUGAACACGAAGUCGAAAGAGAUUUAACUCCAUCGGAGUAAAUUAAAGACUGUGUUUUUCAAUUGAUCCCACUGUUAAAUGUAUCUUAAAUUAUUCCUGUUGAAUCUGUUAGAGCCCAUGGUAAGAUCUUUGGUGUGAUCUGAAUUCUGGCUUCAGAGCAUUUGAAAUGAGAACGUACCGUGCCUCCCGUGAUUAUUUAUUUUACCUUUUAAAAUGAUGAAACGGCGACUUAGAAAUUGGCUCUGGUUUGCUUUUAAGACGUGGUUGCAUAAUCAAACUCUCAAUCUAUCUGGAAGCAUAAUGAAUGUGUUUGAUGAAUCCUCCCCCCCCUAUCCUCCCUAUCCCUGAUCUCUAUGAUCAUUUAUCUUGAUAAAUUGUCAAAUAAAGUUUUAGAUCAUUCAGCUUCCUCAUCAAUUGCCUAUGAGUGCAACCUGAGUUUCAUCAUCCAACCAGGUCUUUUCACAAACCGCAGUUUUAAGCCAACAAAGAAUUGAUGCUGCAAAUUUCAUGGAAAGGUUCAUGCGACUUUAUUUUCAUGCAAAGUAUCCUCCAAAUUAUUUAUUGUUAUUUUCUCCCAACAAGAAUGAAUUCUACUCGAAAAUGGUCGAAUCAUUGCCUUUUAUGGCAGUCCAAACCUAGAGACCAAUUUUGAUCAAUCCUUUCAUCAAGUGAGAAUCGAACAAUCCUGUAUAAACGUACAAUUCUCUCGCAAGAAGUCUUCAUUGUAACUGAUCAAGGACCCCAUCUCAAUUCUGUGCUUGUCUUAAAUUCUACGACUUCCUCUCAGGAUGAUUUAGGAUUGUAUGAAAGUUUUUUUUAUUUAAUUUUCUUUCUCAUGUUGCAAUUCUAGUUUUUAAUCGCUUAGUUUUCAUUCGUUGAAAUGGCUUACGUCUAAGAACAAAGUGCAUUAUCCUCACCCUUUUUUAUUUUUUUGUUCCUGCUUUUAAUUUAUUAUUUGUAUUUAAGUAUGUAUAUUAUAUUCUGUAUAAUUUUGUGGGUUGUACCAACCGAAGCAUCAAUGUAAAAGUUGAAAUGUUUCCCUUAAAAUAAGGGAGUAUAAAACGCACAAUUGUAUUUCAACCGAUUUUUCUUACUUCCUCUUCUCAGGGGAUUCCAAAGCUGGUCAAACCAACCUGUUAAAUAUUGCACCAAGUAUGUCCGUAUUUUCAGUCAUCUGUCACUGUCAUGAAAAUUUUGAGAUACCAUUGCUGCUAGCUUUACACAACAAUUCCUAAAAUGAAGACAGGGAUUUCUUAGAAGAAAGAUAUUAUUUUCCAUUCAAAUAAUUUUAACAUUGAAUGCAAUAUAUUUUCACUGAGAACAUCCUACCUUUAAUUCUUUGACUUCUCUAAUCCAAUUAGAUAAAUAAGAUCAAAUCAGCUAACAGAAAUACGUUUUAAAAAUUUGUAUAAAUGGCAUUAAUCUGAAAAUGUAUCUGUAGAUGUAAUGAUUACAUUGUAUCCUAUUUUGACCAACACA